AGCGCCACAUGGUGGAGAUGCUGGGAUACAGAUAAUAACUAUUCUAUGAACACCAGUAACUAAUUACUUACUAUUGAAGUAAAAGAGAGAUAAGGUUUGACAAAGUUGACAAUGUUUGUGAACUCAUAGAUUUUAGAUAGCAAGUUAUACACUAAUAAAGUGGAAAGAAUCAAUAAAUUUAUAUUUAUGAAUAUAUCACAGUACACAGUGGCAGACAUAGGGUUGUGAACUAGAAUAUGCAAUGUAUGAUUCAUUUAGAACAGAAAAUUUCCUUUGCCAAUCAAACUUAAGGUUGUUGGUACGGGGUACAUUCAAGAAGUGUGAGGCAUCAUAAUAAGCUGACAGUAUAGAUAUGGUUUAGUGUAAGACUUAAGAAAUAUAUUAAAAAAGAAAAAAAAAAAAAAACAAAACAAUAAUAAUAAUAAAAUAAAAAUAUAUAUAUAAAGUGAGAAAGGGAUGAUAUAGGCAUUAGUGAGUAAAUCAUUUAUUUUAGGAAGACAAUAUUGGUAUGAAAGCUGAGAAAAGAUUCAUAGACAGUGUAGGAUUCAGUAUCCAUAUAUCAUGUCUUGAGUAGGAAUAGGAUAUUAUACAAUAUUAAUAAUUAUUAUUAUGCAAUAUGUUAUUUAAUAUUAAACUGGACCGUGUGGCUCAAGUGUUUAUGGGGUUCAAGAUUAUGUCUCAAACCGUGAAGUUUAAUUAUAAUUUAUUUGUUUAUUAGUGAACAUUUACAAAUAUUAAGGAAUAAUGAGAAAUAAUGUAUAUAAAUUAACCUACAUUUAUCACAAUCUAAAUUAUUUGUUAUUAAAUCACAUGCAAGUAUAUAAAUUUCUAAUUUGAUCUAUAGUUCAUCAUUCAUCAUUAACAGCCCAUAUUCAGUUCACGGUUGAGCACGAGUCUCUUCUCAAAAUGAGAGGUCAGUGGAGAAAAUCAGGUCUUAGCCCGCCACUCUGACCCAAUAUGGGCUGGUGGGUUUCGAGCGCGUAAAGUAGGGGAAAACUAAUUGUGCAUGUGUGUGUGUGAUAAAUAUGUAGCCUAUUAUUCGGAUCAUAAAAGUAUCAUUGAGUGUGCAGGAUUUUUCAACCUUUUGAGGAGCGUGAUAUUAAAAUUCGUAACACAAUUAAAUUGCACAUAAAAGAAGGAUAGAGGUGCAGGCUCGAGAUCGGAUUCGAACCUGCACCCCCCGAGUCAACGACAGAGAUUAUAUUUACGGAGUUUUAUCGAUCUAUGGUUUUUUUUUUCGAGUUUGACACCGACAAGUCAUCAUGACAUAUCAUAUCACGCCCAUAGAUUUAUUUGACAACUGACACUGACAGAUACAAACUAUUUACAUUGUAAAUUUCAUCAAGUGACUUUAAAGGAUAAUUGAAAGUGAUAAUUAUAAGGGAAAAUAAGUAAUAACAACACGUAUAAUUAAUAAAGUGAUGACAGUCGCGGUCUAUUACCGAUGUAAGAUACAAGGGAAGUUCUUCAAAACUUAGUUUGAUCUUGCAUCCGAAAGAUUCGUAGUGACAACUAAACGGUUUAAAGAGUGUUUAUCAGUGUUUAUUUACGACUUGUGAUUUCAAUGAAUAUAUACACAAUCAGACCGGAAGUUGACAAGUAAUGGAGGGGUUAUUGACGAUACUACACCAAAGGAAGGAAAAACUACGUACUUUAAUUGAGAAUGCGUCCACUCUCAUGGUAACAUUUGAGCAUACUACUACUGAGAAUCUAGCAGCGGUAAUCCAAGAAGCGGAGAUUAUUGCGUCAAGAUUACAAACGUUACUUACAAGACUAACAGCUGAGUUGAUAGAAUACUUCAGACUGAGUACCGAACAAGCAACCGAUGAUAUCUCAGAAAUUUCCACCGUACAAUUAGAGGCAGAAGAUGUGUUGUGCGAGCUUAACGUGAGGAUUAAAGGAAAGAUUAAGGAAAAGGAACAAACUACAAACAUAAAUAAAGAAGCUAAUCCUAACGCAAGAUUACCCAAAUUAUCAUUACCUGAAUUUGAUGGUGAUAUCCUCAACUGGGCUACUUUUUGGGAUCAAUUUAGCUCAAAUAUAGAUCAAAGAAACAUACCAGAGGUAGAUAAACUACUAUAUCUGAAAGCGUCCCUAAAGAAUGAAGCGAGUAAGUUGGUAGAGGGUUUAGAAACGACUCACAGAAAUUAUAAUAUAGCUUUAGCAACUCUGAAAAACAGGUAUGGGAAGGAGAAUCAUGUCAUUGAUGCACACUACGCUGCGUUGUACCGUAUAAAGGCUUCGAACGAUGUGAAUAUUACUAGAAUACGGGAAACAUUCAACAAUAUAGAAAGGCAUCUAAGAGUGCUCCAUUCACUAGGCGAAGACAUAGAUCACAAUCAUUUACGGUUCCUGUUAAUGGAAAAAUUUCCUAAAGAGAUAAUCUAUGAAAUGAAGAUGAAACUAGCCAACGACUCCAUCAGUGAAAUAAGAAAUUGUUUAGAGAAAAUAAUUUCGGCCAAAGAAGAUGCUCUCAGGAUAUCCAACAACACUUCAGAAGAAAGCUACACCACCCAAACGCUAGUAGCAAAUCAGUUUCAAAGCAGAGAGAGAACUUACAAUUACAGAGAUAGGAAUGAGGUUAGAGAUAAUCAAGGCGAUAGUAAUAGACGGGUAUACGAAAUGAAUAGGAACAACUAUAAUAAUAAUAGAAUGAGAUAUAAACGGAAACUCGAAUCCUCUGAGAAGGAGAGAAAUGGAAAGAAACCACGGUCACCCUGUGUCUUCUGCAAAGGAGCUCAUUUUAAUGAUCAAUGUACGGCUUAUCCGACUGCAGAAGAUCGACAGAGGAGAUUAAAAGGUAGAUGUUAUUUAUGUCUCAUGGAAGGACAUACCAGACAGGAGUGUAAAAAGAAAGGAUAUUGUGUGCACUGUCGGACCGAGGAUCUUCAUAAUCGUGCUCUCUGUCAUAAGGAAUUUCCCUCGAGAAUGAAGAGGUUGAAUGAGUCAUCACAAAACAACGCGGAUAACACAAAUGUUAUGUCACAGAUAAACUCGACCGGCACAGUUUUUCUCCAAACAGCCAUAGUCUUUCUCAAGACGGGAGGAACCAGCAGUAGAGACAUAAAGUGCCGUGUACUCUUAGAUUCAGGGAGUCAACGAUCAUAUGUGAGAAAAUCUGUUAUAGAUAAACUAAAAUUACCAAUUGAAGAGACCAAUAGACUUUCGGUUUUCACCUUUGGACAGAAAACACCACAAGAAAUAAACAGUCCUUUAGUAAGAUUAGAACUUCAAACGAGAACUAAUAAAGUGUUAACUAUUUAUACAAAUGUCAUACCAUAUAUAACACAAAAUAUUCCUUGUCCUAACAUAGAAUUAGGUCAAAGAAGAGAUCAGUUUAUUCUAGCAGACGAUGGGUCAUUAUCGACACGUGUAGAUAUUUUAAUAGGAAACAACUAUUAUUUUAAUAUUAUUAACAAAGACAAAGAAGAAAUAAAACCAAAUUUAUUUUUGGUAGAUUCCCACCUAGGAUGGAUAGUAUCAGGAGAAGAGGACUCCAGUCCACGAGACGAGCUAUCGGCAGUUACUUAUCUUCAAGCCUGUGUCGAUACUAGACUACACCGACCAGAUCCACCUUUGGACAAAGGAGAUAUGAACGCGUUGUGGGAUUUAGAAUCCCUUGGGAUUACUGAUUCACCUAGAACUAGCAGCGAAGAAGAAGCAAUUAAGAAUUUCAAUGAGAAUAUGGAAGUUAUAGAUAAAAGAUAUACAGUUUCGUGGCCAUGGAUAGAGUAUCCACCGUUAUUACCCAAGAAUUACGGAUUAGCAGUAGGGCGUCUAACCUCAUUAUUAAAACGUUUAGAUUUAGAGAGCUUAAGAGAAUAUGACAAUAUUUUGAAAGAACAGACCAAUAAAGGUAUAAUAGAAAUAUUAUCACACCCGACUCGUAAAGAAUGUCAUCCAAUACAUUAUUUACCACAUCAUUGUAUUCAACAAAAAGGGAAACCUAUAAGGAUUGUCUAUGAUGCAUCAGCAAAGAUAAAAGAUAACAAAAGUUUGAAUGAGUGUUUAUAUAGAGGACCCCUUAUGUUAGAAGACUUAACCGGGUUAUUGAUACGGUUUAGGGUACACACAGUUGCUUUGUCAGCAGACGUAGAGAAGGCUUUUUUACAAGUUGCAUUGCACAAAAAGGACAGAGAUGUGACUAGAUUCCUCUGGCUUAAGGACUUGACGAAACCUGUCACAGAAGAUAAUAUAAUUUGUAUGAGAUUUUGCAGAGUACCAUUUGGCAUAAUAAGUAGCCCAUUUUUGCUAAACGCGACGAUAAGAUAUCAUUUAUCUAGAAGCACAGAUACAGAAAUUCAAGAUAUGGCUAAAAACAUAUAUGUUGAUAACCUAGUCACUGGAACGUCAUCAACGUCGAAAGCUUUAAAUUUGUACAAGAAUUUAAAAGUAACAUUUGAACAAAUGUCCAUGAAUCUGAGAGACUGGAGCUCGAAUUCUAAAGAAUUUAUGUCAAGUAUUCACGAUAAAUUUACAGGGAAACAAAUCAAGAUAUUAGGUUUAAAUUGGGAUUUAGAAAGAGACUCACUGCAAUUGAAGUUUGACGUUAACACUUCAGCUGACAACAAAAGAGAAGUACUUAAAGUGAUCGCUUCUAUUUACGACCCCUGCGGUUACGCUGCGCCAUACAGUUUAUCUGCUAAACUAUUUUUUCAAGAACUUUGGAAAACUAAAACUAAAUGGGAUACUAAGUUUACAAGUCAGAUGGCAGAAGAAUGGUUAAGAGUUCAGAAGCAACUAGAGGUAAUAAGCAAGAUUUCAAUUCCCAGAUGCUACAUAGCAAGCCCUAAAGACCACAAUUAUCAAUUGCACUGUUUUACAGACGCUUCCCUUAAAGCCUAUGCUGCAGUGGUAUAUAUAGUAAACGGGAAAGAGAAAAAUUAUGUAAUGGGUAAAUCCCGACUGGUACCUAUAAAGGAUCAAGAUCAUCUGAAGAUACCGCGGUUAGAGCUAUUAGGAGUACUGAUUGGAAGCCGACUUGUUAAAUUCAUUCUUAAGAAUCUUCCUAUAAAAAUAACACAACAGUUCCUUUGGACUGAUAGUCAAAUUGUCAUAGAAUGGUAUAAAUCAUCUAAACUUUUAACACCGUUUGUGUCAAGAAGAAUUCAAGAAAUCAAAAGUAACAAGGAAUUAAUUAUAAAACAUGUACCAUCAGAAUUAAAUCCAGCAGAUAUAGCAACAAAAUCAUCGGACAUAUUAGAGAACAAAAGGAGAUGGUUAGAAGGCCCAGAAUUUUUAACACAAGUACCACAAGUAUGGCCGCAGUUAGCACCUACGGUCACUUCUCUUUCGCUCGGGGAGGAUCUUCCGAAUGAGACAAUGGAAGAAGAUAUUGGAACAACAGAAGCGGGUUCUAUGAGAUGUAAUGAGGAGACAGAAAUAAAUGAUACAGAUGAGAAGGAACAAAGUAAAUUAGGAGAAAUAAGAAAGAUACAAAAUUUACAUUUUAAAAAUGAGAUUCAAGGGAAAGAAACUAAUUUAAGCCGGAACUUGGGUUUAUUUCUUGAUAUUGAUGGAAUACUAAGAUGCAGAGGAAGAAUGAAGAAUACCAAUUGGUCUUUUGACAAAAGAUAUCCUAUUCUACUACCACAAGAUUCGGAUUUAACAAAUACAUUAAUUACAAAGACUCAUAAUGAGAAUUACCAUGUAGGUGCUAAUCACACAUUGAGUAUAAUUAGAGAGUCAUACUGGAUUCCACAGGGUAAACGUCAGGUUCAGAAAAUAUUAAGGAAAUGCCCUAUAUGUAUUAAACACGGUGGAGGACCUUAUAAGUUACCACCAACACCAGCUUUACCAUCUGAAAGGGUUAAUUACAGUUCACCAUUCACUUUCACUGGUUUAGACUAUCUUGGACCAGUUGUAGUUAAGAACGGUAUGAGUACAGAGAAAAGAUGGAUUUGUCUUUUUACGUGUUUGGCAAUACGAGCUAUACAUUUGGAAGUAGUACAAGACCUUACAGCAGAAGAAGGCCUUAGAGCUUUAAGAAGAAUGAUAGCUUCCAGAGGUUUACCAAAGGUUAUUACAUCUGACAAUGCCGUACAAUUUAAACUAAUUUCAGAAAUUUUAACACAACCAUAUUGUAUAGAGAACAAAAUACAAUGGAGAUUUAUACCAGCUCUUACACCAUGGUUCGGCGGAUUUUAUGAACGUUUGGUGGGAAUUGUGAAACAUUGCUUGAAGCGUUCAUUACAAAAACAUCUUCUGAAGGAUAACGAAUUUAACACCAUAGUAAGGGAGAUUGAAGCUGUAGUAAAUACACGGCCCCUCACCUGCGUAGAUAGUGAAAUAGAACACAUAUUGAAACCGUCAGAUUUCCUAACAUCAGGUAACUGUAUAUCAAUAGAAGCUACAGAGACAGAUUCUUCAAUACCAGGUACCUCAAGGAAACAGGAUCUUAUACAAUGUUGGAAAAGAGCACUUAAGAUUCGAGAAGAAUUUAAAGAAAUGUUUUCAAAUCGUUAUCUUUUAAGCCUACGAGAAAGAUACCAACAUUCUCAUAAGGAACCAAGGAUUACCUCGAAGCUUGACCCUCGAGUAGGGCAAAUAGUUCAAAUAAAAGGGGAUUCCAAGAACAGAGAAAGCUGGAAGGUGGGAAAGAUAAUAAACCUCAUCAAAGGGAAAGAUGAUCUUUCUAGAGUAGCUCAGGUUAAAGUAGGGGAAACCGUUUAUACCCGAUCUAUUUCUCACUUAUAUCCACUGGAGUUAGAUGAAGAACAAACAUAUAUUACAUUAGAAGAACCAACAUCUGAUAAUAAUAUUACGGUUUCUCCAGAAAAGAGUUUCCAAGUUUCAUUCGAAAGAGAUACCAUUGAAGAUGUAACAGAAACCAUCCAAGAAGUAGAAAGUAACUCAUCUGAAAGUAUUGAUAAGGUCAUCCUACAAAAUGAGGAAUUACCUACACAGGCUCAACAAAUAGAAGAGUCCGCUAUAGAAAGCAUACCUACUAACCAGUCUGCAAAUAUUAGACCUAAGCGAGAUGCUGCUGCUAGGGCCCUUCAAAGGAUCAGAGAGUGGACGCAAAAUUUAGUUACUUCGUUUUUGGCGGGGAGUGUCGUGAAUGAUGUCACGAAAAUUAAUAGUAAUAUCGAGGAAGCCCAGAGGAGCUCAGAGGAUAGCACUCAGAAUGACCGACAAAGUCAACAGGGUUGCCAAGUCUGAAGUCUGAGAUUCGAAG